AGUGUUUUGAACACUACUCAUCCAUCAUAUAUAUAAUAUUUAUAUACUUACAGUUGUCACAGAUCACUUAUAAGUGCAGCAUGGAAGUGCAUCGAAUACAGUCGGUCAUCAAAAAGGAUCUGAUAUUCUACGAGUUGCAGCAGCACAUCGAAGGCGAAAUAAACCGCGAACCGGAGAAACUGCCACAGCUCAAGCUGCUGGCUGAGCUGGCGCUCAUAAAAAGCAAAAGACAGGCUCUGUGCAGCCAGCCGCUAGUCAUAGAGCAAAACGAUUUGAACCUAGUGCGUGGUCGUUGCUCUGCACUGGGCAAUGAACUAGGCCAGUUAUUAAAGGAAUUAGCCUCCACGACGGAAUGCGGCAUUUGCGCAGUUAGCUGGGAGGCUGAGGGAUCACAUCGUCUCGUCGGCUUGCCAUGUGGCCAUUUGUUUGGCGAGAAUUGCAUCAAGGAGAAGUUACGGAAAGCUCCAUUCUGUCCCAUAUGCAAAAAUCGUGUACAGAAUCCAUUCAAAUCGCACCGCUUAUAUUAUAGUCCAAGUGUAAAAUCACAAGUUGCUGCGCCUGAUCAGAGCUAAAAGAAAAUGUAUCAAUAAAUUGUCUAGCAAUGUUUGA